CCCAACAUGGCGGCGCCCACGCUCGCGUAACGUGCUGGCCGAGUUGAGAUCGGCGGGGCCAUGGCGGCGGCGGGAGCGGGAGCGGGCGCCGGUCGGACGGUGCUGGUGCGGGGCCUGCCGCCCUCGGCCUCCGCCGCGGAGCUGGAGAGAGAGUUCGGCCGGGCGGGGCCGGUGCGGCGGGCGGUGGCCGUGACGGAGCCCGGCAGCAAAACCUGUCGUGGGUUUGGCUUUGUCACUUUCUCCUUGUCGGAAGAUGCUCAGAGAGCCAUCCAGGAGAUCACAGUCUUUGGGAAACGCAAGAUCACAGUAGCCCUUGCUAAUCCAAAACCAAGGCAGAAAGGAAAGAAGAAAGAAGGUGCCUCUGAGGCCCCCCAGCGAGCGAAGAAGCCCCCCAAGGCAAAAGGAGCCUCGAAAAAAGCCAGGCUGAUCAUUCGCAAUCUGAGCUUCAAGUGCACAGAAGAUGACCUGAAGGCUGCAUUUUCUCCGUUUGGCACAGUGCUGGAAACUACGCUCCCCAAGAAACCAGAUGGAAAGAUGCGUGGCUUCGCCUUUGUGCAGUUCAAGAACGUCCUGGAAGCAGGGAAGGCCCUGAAGGGGAUGAACAUGAAGCAGAUCAAGGAGCGCCCGGUGGCCGUGGACUGGGCUGUGGCCCGGGAGAAGUACCAAGCGAUGCAGGCAGUGGCAUCUCCGGCAGGAGUCCAGGAGAAGAAGAAGCAAAGCCAGGCCCAGCAAGCGGACACAACUGAGGCUGGCAACGACGACGAUGAUCUGGAAGACAAAACUUCAGAGCCUGCUGAGCCAGCAAGGCAGGGCAGGUACUUUGAGCAGCUCGCUCCACCGCCUGCGGAUAGUGAGGAGGAGGAGGAGGAGGAAGAGGAGGAGGAGGAAGAGGAGGAGGAGGAGGAGGAAGAGCAAGAGGGGCCUGGUAGGACGCAGGACUCCGAUGAGGAAGAAGGGGAGCCUGGCAAAGCCAUGAGCUUGGAGGAGGAAGAAGAUGACGACGACGACGAGGAAGACGAAGAAGAAGCUGAUGUCCCUUCGAAGCGGAAAAAAGUCCAGAAGCUCCCAUCAGACGUCACCGAAGGAAGGACUGUCUUCAUCAGGAAUUUGUCCUUCGACAGCGAGGAGGAGGAACUGGGGGAGCUGCUGGAGCAGUUUGGAGACCUGAAGUACGUGCGGAUCGUGCUUCACCCGGACACGGAGCACUCCAAAGGCUGUGCCUUUGCCCAAUUCCUGUCCCAGGAAGCUGCCCAGAAGUGCCUUCAAGUGGCUCAGGAUGAGAGCGAGGGCGCAGGGCUGCACCUGGGAGGCCGCCGCCUGCGAGUGGACCUGGCCGUCAGCCGGGAGGAAGCGCAGAAGCUGCGGAGCCAGAAGACGAAGAAACCCACCGGCACCCGGAACUUGUACCUGGCGCGCGAAGGCCUGAUCCGUGCUGGCACAAAAGCUGCCGAGGGGAUGAGCGAUGCUGACCUGGCCAAGAGGGCACGGUUUGAGGAGCUGAAGCGUCACAAGCUGAAGGACCAGAACAUCUUCGUGUCUCGGACCAGGCUCUGCGUCCACAACCUGCCCAAAGGCGUUGACGACGGCCGGCUCCGGAAGCUGAUGCUGGAGGCGGCCAAGGGAACCCCCGGCCUCCGGCUCAAGGAGUGCCGUGUGAUGCGGGACCUGAAGGCGCCGGCUGGGAAGGGGAAGGGCCAGUCGCUGGGCUAUGCCUUUGUGGAGUUCCAGGAACAUGAGCAGGCCCUGGCUGCCCUGCGCCACCUCAACAACAACCCCCAGGUCUUUGGAGACCAGAAGCGUCCCAUCGUGGAAUUCUCCUUGGAGGACCGCCGGAAGUUGAAGCUGAAGGAGCAGCGAGCCCAGCGCAGCCUGCAAAAGCUGAGGCAGAAGCAACCCCCCGAGGGGGCGGCCGGCAAGCAGCCCAACGCCAGCACCUCCGAAAAGCCGACCAGAAGAUGGAAGAAGAAGCCCCCCAAGGCCAAAGAAGCGGACGGGGCACCUCAGGGGCACGAGGAGCUGCCAGAGCCCCCCGAGAAGAAGCCCAGGGUCUCCCCGGCAGCCGAGCAGCGCCCGGAAGCCCCCCGGCAGCCGGCGAAGGGGGCCAUACCCUGGGCGGGUUUCCAGACGCGGGCGGAAGUGGAACAGGUGGAGCUGCCAGACGGCAGGAAGCGGCGCAAAGUCCUGCCUCUGCCCUCCAAACGGGGCCCCAAGAUCAGGAAGCGGGACAAGGGAGGAGUGAAGCCCCCCGCAAAGAAGAUGGCGCCCUCCGGCCCAAUGCGCAAGCAGGAGAAGAAGAUCCGCGAGGGGCCCAAGCAGGCGCCCAGGAAGCAACCUCGGGGGAAACGCAGCCAGGCGGAGACCCGCUUUGAGCACCUGGUGGAGCAGUACAAACGCAAGAUCUUGGGCGGCGGCAACAGCAAGGUGGCGGCCAGGAGGAGCAAAUGGUUUGAGGACUGAAGGAGGCCCUGGGGGGACCAGGAGGGUGGAGGGGGGAGAGGGACGGCUGGCUGGGGCUGAGCCCCAGCAAGGACAGCGUCCACCCAUCCACCCCACCCCCUAUCUCUGCCAUUUGGGACUACUGGACAGUGGAAGGAAGCCUCCUGAGCUCUCUUUGCAAGGGUACAUAGAGGGGGGUCUGGUCCCCAAAGUGCCCCCCUCUGCUGGCCCAGUGGGCUAGUUGGCAGAGGUUUCGGGAAGCGCUUGCAGGACCCAGGAUUGGGGAGAGACACACGCACCAGCAGGACAGAAAACAGGAGGGUGUUGCGGGUGAAAAUUUGCCCCGUAUAUUUUUGCCAUCUCUGACCAAGAGAGGCCUCUGUUGUUAUCACCUCAGACAUUUUUUAAUAAAAGGGUUUUUAUUUAAAAAUCUACCUUUCCCCCCCAGGAACAGAGGGAGUCUCGGGGGGCCACCUUCCUCGCUCGAUCCAUGGAACAGGGCUGAGGGGAGGCUCUCUGCCCCUCCAGAUGUCGCCGGCCCCCAUCGCCCUCCACCUCUGGGCAAGGUUGGCUAGCUGGAGGGCACGGGGGUGGGGGGGCAGGCCACCUCUCUCUCCCUCUCCCUGAUCUCCCAGCCCAAAGUCCCGCUGGGGUUUUUUUACUGCUUCAGUUUCAUUUAUUGUAAAGCAGCCAACCACAUUUUUGUGGGGGGUUGGGUGGGGGAGAGCAGUCGAGAGGCAGUGUGGUGCAGUGGUCAGAGUAGUUUGACUACAGGGACCUGGUAGAGACCCGGGUUCGAAUGCUCCCACUUGGCCAUGAAGCUCCCCUUUGCAGGGUGUGUGCUUACAGGGCCGCAGUGGGGAUGACAUUGAGAGGAAGAGAACCCCCCACCACCACCUCAGAGCCCCUUGGAAGGAAAAAAAGGUGCAAUGGAUAUAGAAAUGAGCAGCUUCUUCCGGCUGGCCCUGGCGGGCUCCUUCUCACCCUGGCUGUAGGCCAUGCGUGCACGAGUUCAAAUCCACCCUUGCUCCUUCAGCACCUUUCACGGUUUCUCCUGGGAUGUCCCAGCAACCCAAGGCCAGGCGUGGUGGAGAGCCAAAACCCUUCCAGCUGUUGCCCACACAGAAAUAUUGCUGCAAGCGCAACUCCCCCCCGUCCCCCGCUGUCUCCAAAUCUGUUCCAACCAGAUGUUUGUAGACUCCAGCGCCCAUCAGCUUCCAGCCAGCACAGCUGGGACCGGCUGGAGUUGAGGCUUUUGUACAUCUCAGGCUUUCUGUCCGUGGGGUUGAGGGAAGCCACCGCCAGAUUCCAAAGGUUUGAGAAGUGCAGCUUCUUAAAUCCCAGCCCUGCAAUGUGCUCUGCGUGGGGCCUCCCUUGCGUUUGACCACGAGGCCGCAGGGAGUGCAGGAUGCUGCCGCGCGAUUGCUGCCAGGAGGGAGGCCUCGCCAGCUGCUUGCCCCUGGUUGCCCAUUUGCUACUAUUAGUCUGCAGUUGCAAUCGGAAAUUAUUCAACCCCCCCCAUUGCAAAUCAGGUUUCUUAUCGAAAUUUUACAGGCCGUAAGCUGUUUGCAAUGAGCAAAUAAAUAAAAAAAGCCAUUGAAAUAGCUCAGCUGCCCAAUACAAUGGAUGCUUCAAAUGGUUCCCCCAAAUUCAGCCGAAAUGGCAACUUCUAGUGACUUCCGCAGGCUCCCUCUUCCCAAAGCCAGGCGUUGGGGGGUCUCCAAAUUCCUCUGGUUCGUUUCCUUACGGUUCCACAAGGUAGCAGGUCUGCUCCAUCCUUCGCUUCAGCUAGGACAGACGAGAGAAAGUAACCUCUUUGCCCAGUGCAUGGUUCAACUGCGGAACUCCCUCCUGCAGGAGGCAGGGACAGACACCAACUUGGGUGCCUUUAAAAGAGGAUUGGACAAUUUGUGGAAGGGGAGAAGCCUCUCAGUGGCUCCCAGCCAGAAUGGCUCUGCCCUGCCUCCACAGUCCCGAAUCCCAGUUGCUGGAAACCACAGGAGGGGAGAGUGUUGCUCUUGUGCACGGAUCCUGCCACUGGUUUCCCUCUGGGGCAUCUGCUCGGCCACUGUGAGAACAGGAUGUUGGACCAGAGGGGCCAUAGGCCCGAUCCACCGGGCUCUCCUUGUGCUCUUACAUUCCGCGUUUUGUUUUUUUUCUGCCGAGUUCUCAGUGGAGAUGCGGAUGGCCUUCCUUGCCUGCCAGAGGCGGCUGUGGCUUCCAUUGCCACUGACUCAUUUUCCUUUCUUAUUUAUUAAAAUUCCGCCUUGCCCUCCCCAAGGAGCCCUGGGCAGCAAAGCAAUAAAAAAAACCCAUACAGUUCAGAAUGAAAUGCAAUUGCAAACGAUUGCAAACAUCCAAAAAGCAUUUUUAAAUGUUAAGAAAGCUGGGUUUCAUGCCAUGUGGCACCACGGUCAGUGUGAGGAUUUCUGCUCUCUCUCCCCCCCCCCAUAAAAAAACUGUUCCAGGGGUUUUCCCCAACCCCCUGGAGCAGGUUUGGGGAGGGCGUGGGACUCCCAUUGCGGAGAGGUGGAAAGUCCCACUGUGCAAAUGGAAAUCCGUGUGCCGACAUGUUUGUAGGAUACCUACAGUUUUUUAAGUUGGCCUGUCGUACUGGCAGGGCUGGGAGAGUCUGACCAGAAGACCCAAGGGGUUUGGGGGUUUUCAAAAGAGGCAUGGCCUGUUUGAAUUCACAUCACUCUGUGUGAUUUUUGAGGCCAGCAAUACUUUGCUUGCUUCCUGCCUGCCUGUCAGAUUUUGAAAAUUUGUGCAGAACAGUGGGAUGUCUGCCUAACAACAUAGGGUUUUCUUCAGGGUGAGGGUCUCUUCCAGUUCUUGGGUUCCCAUAUCUGUGGGGGUAGAACAAGCUUUCCCAACGAGUCCCUAUGUCUGGGCAAUGGCUGACUGGUCAAGCGCCACGAUUAGCAGAACUGAAGAUGCUGCUCUGUGCUGCUAGAGGGAAGAACACAGAACCAUAGAAUCACAGAAUGGUAGAGUCGGAAGGGACCCCCAGAGGGCAUCCAGUCCAACCCGCUGCAAUGCAGGAAUCUCAGCUCAAGCAUCCAUGGCAGAUGGCCGUCCAACCUCUGCUCUUCCUGGUGUUGAGUCGGAAACCCCUUUCUUGUACCUUGCAGCCAUGGGUUCGAGUCCUCCCCUCCAGAGCAGGAGAAAGCGAGCUUGCUCCCUCUUCCAUGGGAUAGCCCUUGAGACGUUGGAAGAUGGUUAUCCUCUCUCCUCUCAGUCUCCUCUUCUCCAGGCUAAACAUAACCUCCGGUGGAAGGCAUGACUCGUCACCUGCUAGCCUGCCCCUUAUACAGAGAACCAAGAGAUUGCUUUCUGAAAACUUUGUUCACACAAGUAAGCAGGCACACCUGGCAGAAGCUGUUUGGUUUCUUUUGAGACACAAUAAGAGCUUCCCAACACAGUAGCCCUCUAUGCACUGGCGGCAAAACAAGCAAGCAAACAAAAAAAAUCAGGAAAAAGGAGUUAGAUUAAAUCACUAUAAAUUGUGGUGAUUCAUAGGUUUAAUUAUUUUAAUGCUCAGGAACCUGGCAAAGUCUUUUCAAUGUUAUGGGUUUUUAUAUUGUGGGUGGAUGUUCUCUAUUAUUAUUUUAUUAAUACUAUUGCCUAAUACAGGUUUGUCAUGGCCUUUGGCUAGAACAAUAAACUUUUGAACUUGAAACCUGAAUUUGAAUUAAUCUUUCCUGGGAUGGCUCAGCUGGUAGAGCAGGAGACUCUUAAUCUCAGGGUCGUGGAUUUGAGUCCCAUGUUGGGCAAAAGAUCCCUGAAGUGCAGGGGGUUGGACUAGAAGACCUUCAGGGGUCCCUUCCAACUCUACGACUCUAUGGGUGCGAGUCCUUAAUCAUGUAAAGCUGUGACUUCUGGGUUGUUUGAACCGCAGACUUGAAAGGGAACUUGUCCAGUGGUCCUUAGUGAAACAGAUUCAGAUUCUCUUUCUCUCCCCCUGCCCCGUAUGUGUGAACCACUUGGCUUUAAUGCAAAAGGCAAAGGUCUCUUUCCCACCUUCAGAUUUCAGAGGGAAUGUUCCCCGAGUUAGCGAGGCUCGUUUGACAACAGGCUCCUUCCACGCCAAGUGCUGGGAGCUUUUCCCAUUCCUCCAGGACCCACACAGGCAAUCGAGUACAUCUCGCAUCAUGGUUUGUGGAGGCUUGCUGUUCUGCUUUUGAAUGGCUUUAAAAAACGCUUUCAUUCAAGAUCUUUUUAAAUGUAGUCAGCCGCUUCAGUGUGUUCUGUGAUUGAGCGGUACAGAAAGACUAUCAUAAAUAAGAAAUAAAUAACAAGGCAGCCCAGUGGCUUUGCAACAGCUGCUUCUGCUGGUCCUCUGCUGCCAGAAUCCCUUUCCCAGCCAAGCUGCCUUCUGGCUGGGUCUCUCCCCCAGCUGCUGUGCCUCCUUGGCGGGUGGCCUGCUGCGUUCCUGGCUUCUCACCUUCCAAGAAGGCGGGGGGAGAGAUCCGGCGCCCUGGCCCGGGCUCUGGCACCACCCUCUCGUAGCCAGUGCCAGGUGUGGGAGAGCAGGGUGUCCCGGGGAGGUGACGGUGGCACAGGCUUACUACCCAGCCCAAUGAGUCGGAUGCCUCUUACGCACCAGAGCGCCCCAAGGGGACCGGCACCUCGGGCAGAUUUCUGGGAAGGGGCAAGGCCAGCCGCUCUCCCUCCGCUCCCUCGCUGGGUAAUUGAGAGCAGAGACAUGCGGCGGCGUAAUAGCUGCAAGCUGAUGCAAGAGAAAUGCAGGAGGAGAUGGGGACGUGGGAGAGAGCCCUGACUCACGGGUUCUGAUCCUGCUCUUGCUCUGCUUCAGAAGCCAGGGGUGCUGGCGUUGGAAGGCACUGUGGUCCUUGAGCAUCUAUCGCACAAUCAGAGAGUUGGAAGGGACCUCCCGGGGGGCCCCCUGCAAUGUAGGAGGAACAGGCAUCCCUUUAGCUACAGGUAGGUAGCCAUGUUGGUCUGCCAUAGUCAAAAUAAAAUUUUAAAAAUUCCUUCCAGUAGCACCUUAGAGGCCAACUAAGUUUGUUAUUGGUAUGAGCUUUCGUGCGCUUGCACACGUCUUCAGAUACAUAAGGUAAAGGUAAAGGUAAAGGGACCCCUGACCAUUAGGUCCAGUCAUGACCAACUCUGGGGUUGCGCGCUCAUCUCGCAUUAUUGGCCGAGGGAGCUGGCGUACAGCUUCCAGGUCAUGUGGCCAGCAUGACAAAGCCGCUUCUCGCGAGCCAGAGCAGCACAUGGAAACGCCGUUUACCUUCCCGCUGUAGCGGUUCCUAUUUAUCUACUUGCAUUUUGAUGUGCUUUCGAACUGCUAGGUUAGCAGGAGCUGGGACCAAGCAACGGGAGCUCACCCCGUCACGGAUUCGAACCGCCAACCUUCUGAUCAGCAAGCCCUAGGCUCAGUGGUUUAACCACAGCGCCACCUGGGCAUCCUUUUAUUCCACUUUACAGGCCUUACAUGAGAGAUCUAAUGCCCUGGCUCCCAUUGUGGGUGGUGCAACCCCCCCGGGGGGGCAGUAGGAUUACAUAGCGGGUUGCUAAGAGUCGAGGGGGCAGCAGGGGGAAGCUGAAGAUGCAAAUAAUUACAUUGGAACCUACGAUGAGCAGGCCGGAUCAGGCCAAUGGCCCAUCUAGUCUCAGCCCAGUAUACCUGAAGGAGCGUCUCCAGCCCCAUCGUUCAGCCCGGACACUGAGGUCCAGCUCUGAGGGCCUUCUGGCGGUUCCCUCGUUGCGAGAAGCCAAGUUGCAGGGAACCAGGCAGAGGGCCUUCUUGGUGGUGGUGCCUGCCCUGUGGAACGCCCUUAUUCAAGGGAAGAAAAAACUAUCCGACUUUAAGAAGACAUCUGAAGGCAGCCCUGCUUAGGGAAGUUUUUAAUAUCUGAUGUUUUAUUGUGCUUUUAAUUCUGUUGGAAGCUGCCCAGAGUGGCUGGGGAAACCCAGCCAGAUAGGUGGGGUAUAAAUAGUAGUAGUAGUAGUAGCAGCAUCAGUAUCCUGCUCUCACAGUGGCUGACUAGAUGCCCCAAUGGGAAACCCACAAGGAAGAUCUGAGCACCAGAACAGUGGCAUAGCAUGAGGGGGGGCCACAGGGGUGCGAAAUUGUCUGGGGCACAAAAUUUCAACCCCCGGUUCUGCCUCCAUACAGCUGCGCUCUUCCAGCCGGUGCUGGGCUCUGUUAAAAACGGCAUGUCCAUGCAAACCAGGAAGUGACCUCUCCAGACAACGAAAUGACUCUUGGAGGGCAAUGGAUAGCUCCUGCCCACCUCUGCUCUGUCUCCACAGUCAGAGGCAGCUGUGCUUCUGAAUCCCAGUUGCUAGAAACCACAGGAGGGGAGAGUUGCUCUUGUGCUCGGAUCCUGCUUGCUGCUUUUUGCAGA